AUGGCACAUUUGAUUCGGCGUCUAGCUCCUGUUUUAUGGAGAAGCGCGUCAAAAUGGUACCCUGCAGCAGAAUUUUUAUCGGGUGCUGUAAACGUUAGGAAUAAGUACACAGAUUCUAGUAAAUACAAAGGUUUUAAAGGGAAGUUUAAACCUGCUGCCAGUAGAGAAGAUGAAGGCGGCGAGGAAGAUGCAAGUAACUCGUUGUUGUUGGAAGAUGGAGAGUACGAUGCUGUGGCCAACAGCGUGAUGCACGUUCAGAAACGAUUACUAAACGAACACCACGUGGUCGUGAUUCAACCUUACGUUAAGUGGGGUCCCAAAAAGAUUGAAGUCGAUCCUAGCCAUCAGUUACAGGAAGCGGAAGCACUGGUUCGCUCGCUUCCAAAAUGGACGGUAGAGCACAGUAUAACAGUUCCUUUGGAAUCGUUGGACAAGCGACAACUUUUUGGAACAGGCAAGUUGGAGGAACUGAAGACAACGAUUAGAAACUUGGAAUCCAGCGGAAAAUUGAUAACAUGCGUUUUUGUUAGCAAAGGAACACUGACCUUUGGUCAGAGGCAUUUGUUGGAAAACCACUUCAAGCUACCUGUCAUGGAUCGUUACUCGAUAGUUAUUCAAAUUCUUAGAUUACACGCCAUAAGCAACGAAGCCAAAAUGCAAGUUGCAAUGGCUGAAAUUCCUUAUAUCUGGGCCCAGAUGAAGGAUCAAGAAUCUUCGGAAGCUAAGUCGCCUCGAAUUUUUCUAUCCGAAUCGCAGAAGCAAAUGCUUCGCCAACGAGAACGAAAGCUCAAAAAUGAACUUGCUUCAAUACGCUCUCACCGAGAGCUGCUGAGGAACAAACGGAAACAAAAAUCCUACCCCAUUGUUGCAGUUGUCGGUUACACCAACGCCGGAAAGACUUCUCUCAUCAAAGCGCUAACCGAAGAGAAAAGUUUACAACCCAAAAAUCAACUCUUCGCAACCUUGGACGUAACAGCCCACGCAGGUUUCCUUCCCUGUAAACUAGAAGUCCUAUUCAUGGACACGGUUGGUUUCAUGUCCGACAUCCCCACAGGACUCAUCGAAUGCUUCGUAGCAACCCUCGAGGAUGCCAUGUUCGCAGAUCUUAUAAUCCACGUUCAGGAUGUGUCGCACCAAAACUAUCUAGAGCAAAAGCGACACGUUGAAUCCACCCUAAAAUCUCUGAUGAAAACAACAUCUAACAACGUCCACCGAAAACCCCUCGACAACAUUAUAAACGUAGGGAACAAAGUCGAUCUCCUUCAGGACCACAACCGUAUAUCCCAAGAACAGAAAGACAAUCUACUCCUAGUUUCCUCCAAAACCCAACUGGGCAUCAAUAGUCUGCUAGAAGAAAUCGAACGGAAAAUUCUACACCUCACCAGACGCCAGAAGUUGCUUAUUCGGGUCCCGAUGGGUGGUGCCGAGGUGGCUUGGCUGUACAAAAAUUCAGCCGUUACCGAUACGGCCGCCGACCCGGAGAACAGCCAACGGAUGCUGGUCCAAGCCGUUAUUACCGAGGCAAAGCUGCAACAAUUUCGGUACCAUUUUGUUAAGCUUAAACGUGAUAAGUGAUGGAUGUUUUGUAAAAUGGUUACUUUAGAUUUAAAUGUUAAGACAAUCGUUUUUUCUUUGAAAAGAUAUCCUGACAACUUCUGAAAAAGAAGAGACUGAUUCAUUGUUUUCGAACGCUUAAACUUUUAAGACCAGUUGAGAGUCGAAUGACACUUCUAUCGAGGUUGUUUCACAAAAUUGAUCGACUUCGCAAGAACUCUGAUAUGGUGGACCCUAACACCUCUUACUAUACUGACAUGACACUUAGAACAAAAUUCCGUUCAAUUUUUGGCUAGAAGCCUUCUGCCGUCGACAUUCUAAUCUGAUCUAAGGGUCCGGCGCCGCUAGCAGAAGAGAGUCCUGGAGUUCGUAGAUUUGUUCCAGUAUUAUUCGUAGCGUUGUGAUGUGGUCCACACAUGAUCGUCCGGAUCGGAAUCCAGCUUGUUGAAGUCGGAGUGUAGCGUCGAUUUUCUCCUGGAUACUGUUCAGGAUCACUUUGCCAGCGAAAGCGCUUCCGAGCUCGGUCGUUUAGCGGCAUUCUAGCACUACAGGGUGACAAAAAUGUCCGGUCACACAGGAAAAUCUCAAUAUUUCAAAGAAUAAGAAGAAAAUCUGAAUCUGGCUUUAACUCAUAAAGAUACUUCACAGACGAUAUCUCAGAAUUACACCACCUAUCUCUGAUCGAACCAGCUUCAGGCUUCUCGGAAAGUCGUCGCAAGCGGCGCACACGUGCUCCAUCGGCAUCUCGUCCCAGAUUUUCAUGAUAACUCGCUUGAAUUGCUCCAAAUUUGUUAUUUCAUAGUCGUUCAGCUUCGACAUCAUGUACCCCACACGAAAUAUUCUAGUGAAUUCAGAUCCGGAGACGACGGAGGCCAUUCAUUCUUCGAAAUGAAAACGGUCAAGUUUUUCUCACACCACGCCUGAACAACCUUUGCGGUGUGGGAUGUGGCACCAUCUUGCUGGAAGCAAAACUGACAUCUUAUUUCGGAACAGGGAAACGUUCAGCUUGUCCGCAGGAGCUUGCUGGAGGCUCACACUCCAAGCUCGAUCAUUUUGGCGGCUGACUGUUUGCUCCAAUACGAAUAGCAUCUCGUCUGAAAAAAUAAUCUCGUCAUCUGCGCGCCAACCGAGCAGCGAUAACAGCUGCUCUUAACUCUGCCAUGGAUCACAACUCAAUGUAAGCAAACUGCACAGAAACGAAACUCUGACACUUUGGGCAGCAAAGUUAGCUCUUUCAUUUGACAUAUAGAUGGCACCAGAGAGAUGCUACAGGCGACCAGAAAAAAGUGGGACCGGACUUUUUUGUCACCUUGAACUCCUUCCAAAAUUAAGCCGCCUUAGAAAUGUCAUAAAGCAAUCGAAUAUCUCCACUGGCGGCGGGUUUUUCUCCCUCUUAGGCUAAGGAGUUUGUCCAGGCUCUCGUGUCUCGUCUUCAUGCUCGUUGAACUGCCUUUUCCAGCUCCGCAUAUCGUAAGCGACCGCUGUCUGCGCCUGCGCCUGCCUGCUCAAUUCCGACUUUCGCCUUUCUCCGAUCAUCGCCCAUCCUCCAAGUUUCAUCCGACAUCCAUUCACUUCUUCUUCCACAAACUUUACCGAGAGUACCAUGGCUCGUCGUGAUAAAGGCAUUCUUGAUUCCACACCACUGUUCUUUGACUGCUCCGUCUGUCGGCAAUUCCGAGGCUCGGGACUCUAGCUGUUCAACGUACCUCCUUUCCACCUUAAACCACAAACAGUGAAAACGUAAGGACGUUCGGACAAAUCAACUUACACCCAGCCCAUUGUUAACGAUCAUCAACGAUAAAAUGUUAUUGCAUCUGUUGAAUAAUGUCCCACAAUUCGAUACUUAAAUAAUUGAAUAAAGAUAAAUCUUACUACGCAGUUUGUUCAACACUUUCCUCAACAUCUUCAACCUUAGGUUUGGGGACGUCUUCGUUGACAACGGCCAAGGAAUCAUCAAUCUGUACCACCGUAUUGGCGCCACUGUCAAAGCUUACCUUCUUUUCCAGUUGCGUCGAUUUUCCUCCACCGCUGCCCGUCGAGGAAGAGCUGAUCUUCCUUUGAACCGCCACAGUUGACGAGGACAUCUCCAGAGGUUUAUCCCCAGGGCCACUGAGAUUGACACUGGACAGGAGAACCGAGAUUUGCUCCGCCGACGGACAACUAACGAUGGUUAGGUCGUCCUUACUGUACGAAUUGGUGGCUAACAGCUGUUCCAGCUUCACGAACGACCCAAUGAUGUUGUUCUGGAAGAUUUUUAGGAUUGUUAAAUUGAGAUAAGUGUCUUUUUAAUUCUAAAAGUUGGAGCUUACCCGAAUCGGUCGAAACAGAAUGAAUUCGGUGUCCUUAUUGGAGAGAUACAGUUGCAUAGACCGCUGAAGCGCUCCCAGCUUAGUUUUGAUGUUGCGAAUGCUUUCCUGGAUCAGGGAACUGAUCUGCUGAGGAGCGGCGAAGGCAGCCAUUCGCAGAACCAUACCGAUGGCAGCCGGAGUUACUCCAGGGCUCGUUGAAGAAACUGCAGAAUUCGUUGAACUUUGUUUCAAAUGGGCUUGGGCAGUUUCCAAAAAGUUGAGAAUCGGACCGACCAAUUGCCUGGUCGCAUCCUUGAUAAAUGCCUCACAGACCAUCUUCAACUGCCGGUCGACAUCUUUUCGGGAGUCCAGUAGUUGUUCUUUCACUUGUGGAGUUCCAUCCAGAAGAAAUUCCAGGAGAGCAUUGUUGGAACCCAAGGCAAAUAGUUGCUUCCGCUUUUGAAGUAGUUCAUAGGCAGCCGUCUUAACUUUGCUAAAAUCCAAACUGGUUUCCUUGACCGUAAAAUCAACCCGAAAUGGAGCAAUUUGCUCCCGAAGGAUUAGCAAAUGUUUAAUCUCGAACAGUUCCCCAUCGAUGGAAGAUUUGCGCUGAGCAAUUUGAGCCGCUGCAGCCGAAACACUCUGGAUACAGUAGGUUAAGGCUUGCUGCGAAAGGCUCUGGAAAAUGGCCCGAUCGAUGCAACGGUACAACCGAGAAAGGCAUACCAGGGUCCUCCGAACCGUGGGAUACCACAUGCCGUGUAGAUCAGCGGGUGAAUUACCGGUCCGCGAUUUACUGACUUGCUGUUGUUGCUCGGCCUGGAUGGCUUGCUGGUUGAUACUUUCGACCUCCUGGGAAGCUAGAGAAGCGAUCGAAACCAUCGAACUUCGAGAGUCUGCUCGUCUCAAGUAGUUUUCUUGAAGAGAUAGGGCAAUACUUUCCAUCAUUUCCAGCUUCUCUGGAUAAGCCAAAUCCCCCGCAGAAGGUCGAUAGUUGAGAAUGUCUGACUCAAGGUAGUUCUGGGCCCGAAAACCUAUUCGUUCCUGAACGUCCUGUAGAAGUUGGUAGAUUAUUUUGGCGAAGGCUUCCAGGGAAUCAGCUGAAAAUAUGUUUUCAUUGAAUUCAAGCGAAUUUUUGUUUAAAUAAAAUAACAACUUAACAACUUACGAUUGUAAUUGACAUGUUCUUCAAGCAUCUCCACCCUCAGAAUGCUACAGAUUUCGGCCAACGUCUCCAAAUGAUCGAUUCGAAUAAUGAACGGUCUCAGAAUGUCAUAAAGAAUUGUGCACAGGCCUUCCAUGUAAGCUCUAGGCAUAAAUUAAAAAAAAAAAAACAAAAAAU